ACAAACGGACCCAUACCGCACGGGUGUGAGGAGUGUGGCAAGCGGUUCGGUCGGCUGGCUCAUCUGCAGGACCACGUGCGGACUCACACGGGUGAGAAACCGUACAGAUGUGAGGGGUGCGACAAGCAGUUUGGUCGCUUGUGUGAUUUACAGAUACACAUGCGGACUCACACUGGUGAGAAACCUUAUGGGUGUGGGGAGUGUGGAAAACAGUUUGCUCAGUUGGGUACUCUAAAGAAGCACAUGCGGACUCAUACUGGUGAGAAACCGUACAGAUGUGGGGAGUGUGGGAAACAGUUUGGUCAGCUGUGGACUCUACGUGACCACAUGAAGACUCACACAGGUGAGAAAGCGUACAUGUGUGAGGAAUGUGGCAAACGAUUCGCUCUUCUGUCUGGUUUGAAGUUACACAUGCGGACUCACACUGGUGAGAAACCCUACAAAUGUGAGGAGUGCGGUAGGCAGUUCAGUGGGCUGCCUAACCUGAAGAAUCACAUGAAGACUCACACCGGUGAGAAACCGUACCGGUGUGAGCAGUGCGACAGACGCUUCAAUCGGCUGGGUAACCUGAAGGGACACAUGAAGACUCAUGCUGAUGAGAAACCGUACAGAUGUGAGGAAUGUGGUAAACAGUUCUGUCGGCUGGGUGCUGUAAAGGAACACGUGUGGACUCACACUGGUGUGAAACCGUACCAAUGUGAAGAGUGCGGUAAGACCUUCACUCGGCCAGAUUCUUUAAAGAAACACAUGACCACACACCGGUGAACGAACGUGCACGCUGAUGUAUCAGUUACAGGAAAUGUGGGGCUUUGGGUCGACUAUACAGGAGAGACAGAAUACGA